AUGACCGCCCCCACACCCAAGUCGGCGCUCGCAACAAUGCCGACGCCCAAUAUCCCUGCAUCUGAAGCCGUCGGCCACUGCCAGAGCGUCGCAAUAAUCGAUGCUCCACUGCAAGAAGUCUGGGAUACUCUGAUGGACACCUCUACCUUUCCCUCAUGGAACAGGUUCGUCCCUGCCGUGACUAUCCGAGAGCAGCCCGGAUGCGAAGGGGGCGAUCUCUCCUCCGUUCUCCAGGCCGGGACGAAGAUGACUUAUCACGUGAACAUGAAGCCGACCAGCUCGUCCCAGCCACAGCGUGCACAGGCGAGCAAUGAUACUCCAUUGGUCGUGACGGAGUAUGAUCCGCCCAGCGAGAGCAAGAAAUCCGGUCGCAUUGUUUGGAUUCUUGAUGCACAGGCGCAAGGUCGCAUCAUGUCCUCACUGUUGGCGGCGGAACGGGUCCAUGAGUUCGAGGAGGUUGAUAUCCAGGAUGAACAGGGACAGACGAGAAAGGGGACGGAAGUGCGUAACUGGGAAGCGCAGAAUGGAGCCCUGGCGUAUGUGGUUCGCUGGAUGGUGGGGGCUCAGCUGGAAGUAAAUUUUGAGGUGUGGUUGCAGGAUCUCAAGGAGUAUGUUGAGAAGCAGAGGAAGGCGCGGGAAUAA